CAUUCUUUCGAACCUUUGCGAUGAGGUUCUCUUUUCGAAUUUAUAACUUUUCUUAUGAUUUAUCAUUGUGAUCAAUGGACAAUUGCUCUUAAAAUCAAUCUGUACAAUAGUCAACCAUUUAUUAUUGUGAUAAUAGUUCUUACAGAUUAAUUCAUUUAUAAUUUUCAAUAGAACCAAGCACAUAAAGAAUAAUAAUUAUAAUAUACAAUUUCCAAUGAUUCUUUUAUUAUAUUUGUAAAAUAAAACGAAGAAGUACAUGAACAAAUAUGAACUUUUAUUAUAUUUAAGUCAAAUAAUCGUCGGAUUAAGUUCAAAGUUGUCACUCGACUCCACGAAAGAACGAAAGCAACAUUUCGUGGACAGUUAGUGACGCGGUAAUGGGUUUGACGGAUACGAGUUUCGAAGUACUUUUGACCCUGUGGAGGGUUCUCGUCGUGGGAGUCGUGUGGACCGAAGAAAUCUGCGGUCAGUGUAGCGGUGUCUUGCUGAGCCACAGCAUUGCCGAUCUCACUCGUUAAUCAUAUUGGACAUAUUAUUUGGAAGCUGAGACAUGUCGUCGAGGGUGGUGAAGAAUGCGCCAAAGUUGAACGGCAGCGUCGACGGCAGGGAAACAUGGUCCGGCAAAGUCGAUUUCCUUCUCUCUGUCAUCGGAUUUGCCGUCGACCUUGCGAAUGUCUGGAGAUUUCCUUACCUAUGUUAUAAAAAUGGUGGCGGCGCUUUCCUGGUUCCAUAUUGUAUAAUGUUAGUAGUAGGAGGUAUUCCAUUGUUUUAUAUGGAGCUUGCCUUGGGUCAGUUCAAUCGAAAAGGUGCGAUCACUUGCUGGGGUCGUUUGGUACCACUUUUAAAAGGAAUUGGCUACGCAGUGGUAUUAAUUGCAUUCUACGUCGAUUUCUAUUAUAAUGUGAUCAUCGCCUGGGCGCUGAGGUACUUCUUCGCCUCGUUCGCAAGUCUUUUACCUUGGACUACCUGCGAUAAUCCAUGGAACACUUUACAUUGUCGCACAUUUGACACAAAUAUUUCUUACACGUUCGACGAUGCACAUUUUGUCGACACUCUCGACUCUACGUACUCUGGCAAUUCAUCACUAAUCGAGGAUCGUUUGGAUAGGAAUUCGAAUCAAGGAUACAAUAGCACGUGGUACACAAGCGCUGCUCAAGAAUAUUUCAACCGAGCUAUUCUAGAACUUCACGAAAGCGAGGGUUUACACGAUCUUGGAACAAUUAAAUGGGAUAUUGCAUUAUGCCUGCUGAUGGUCUAUCUGAUUUGUUACUUCUCCUUGUGGAAGGGAAUUUCUACUUCUGGCAAGGUAGUUUGGUUCACUGCUCUAUUUCCUUAUGCUGUUCUAUUAAUUCUACUUAUACGAGGCGUCACGUUGCCAGGAAGUCUGGAAGGGAUUCGUUAUUACCUUAAUCCGAAUUUUUCCGCCAUCAGUAAAGCAGAGGUCUGGGUGGAUGCAGCAACGCAAGUGUUUUUCUCUCUUGGGCCAGGUUUUGGUGUACUUCUGGCUUAUGCAAGUUAUAACAAAUAUCACAACAACGUUUACAAGGACGCUUUAUUAACCAGCUUGAUAAACAGUGCAACAUCCUUCGUUGCUGGUUUUGUGAUAUUUUCUGUAUUAGGGUACAUGGCACGAGCAAGCGGAAAGUCCAUUCAGGAUGUAGCAACUGAAGGGCCUGGUCUAGUGUUUAUCGUUUAUCCUGCUGCCAUCGCUACUAUGCCUGGAUCAACAUUUUGGGCACUCAUCUUCUUCAUGAUGUUGCUUACAUUAGGAUUGGAUAGCUCGUUCGGAGGUUCCGAAGCGAUAAUAACUGCUCUUAGCGAUGAAUUCCCAAUUAUUGGGAAUAAUCGUGAAAUUUUCGUCGCUUCGCUUUUCACGCUAUACUUCCUUGUUGGUUUAGCUUCAUGUUCUCAGGGUGGCUUUUACUUCUUCCACUUGUUGGACCGAUACGCAGCUGGCUACUCGAUGCUGUUUGCAGUUUUGGCGGAAGCGAUCGCCAUUAGUUGGAUCUACGGAACAGACAGAUUUUGUGCAGAUAUUAAAGAUAUGAUUGGAUUUUCACCAGGAAUCUAUUGGAGAGUCUGUUGGAAAUUCGUUGCUCCGAUAUUUCUUAUGUUUAUCAUCGUUUACGGUUUAAUGGGUUACGAACCACUGACUUACGAAGAUUACGUAUACCCUGUGUGGGCAAAUAUAUUAGGCUGGUUAAUUGCAACUUCCUCAAUUGCAAUGAUACCCGGCAUUGCAAUUUACAAGAUCAUCAUCACACCCGGCAAUUUUAUUCAGAGAUUAAAGAUUCUUACUACUCCCUGGAGAGAUACUCAACAAAGAAACGCAGAUUUUUCUUCAGUUGCAAAUGGCGCAGUUCGUCGUAGUUUUAUCGCGGAUGAAGAUCUAAACCUAACCAAGGAACAACAAAAUUUAACAAAAGAGCAAACGGAGGUGAUGAUCCAAUCCAGAGAGAAUGUUAAUGGAGAUCCACCACCGGAGCCAGUCUAGGACAGUGCGGUUGUGAUUUUACACGGUGCCCGGUUCCAAGUAUAUCUUUGCUAAUACUCUAUCGUGGGAACGUACAGUUCUACACGAAACUCGAACGCACCCACUUAGAUUUUACGAUACAAAUGUUUAAUGAUAAUUAUUUGCUCUCUUUGAACGGCAAAGCUUCAAGAUUUGUUAGAUUUUUGUGAAAAAAUAUCUUUUCUUAAUAUGUUGUUAAAAAUAUUUAAAAAAAAUCUUAUUUGCUAUAAAAAAAAGUCUUAUAUUACUAUAAAUUAUGUUAAAAAUGAGUUUUCAAUCAUUCGAUCCUUAUAUUAAUCUUUUAAUGCAUUGUUAAUUUUUUUGCUAAUAUAAUAAUAAUAUGUCUGUAGUAAAAGUAUUUUAUUUAAAAUAUUCUCUGAAUAUUUUUAAAGAUUAUUAUAAAAAUUUUAUUUUAUUAUAUUUUAUAAUUAUUUUAUAAUUAUUACAAUUUUUUAUUAAUUUUUUAGAAUAAUCUUUAAGAGAUUUUAAAUUGAAUUUUGAAUAUUAUAGCAAAUCAGUUAAGUGCAAUGAAAAAAUAAUUUCAUUAUUUUAGAUAAAUAAAUCGCACAAAGUAUAUUAUAUAUAUUCUUAUCUAAUUUUUAAAAUAGCACAUUUUUGUUUUGAAAUUUUCCUAAAGUGUCCUAAAAUACAAAUAUGUUGCGAAUGGUCCAACCUGUAAAUAUUACAGGCAUCAUGAAAUUUCUUAGAUAAAUUCACUAAAUAAAUAAUGAAUAUUAUUCUAGGUUUAGUAAAUGUAAGGCUGUAAUUGUUAUUAAAAAAAAAUUUCUUCAACAACAGCCUUAAUUCAAUAAAACAUUUAAUAAAAACGAUCUUUUAUCAAUUAGAAAUUUAGGAAUAUUUCACAAGAAACACAAAUGUGAAAAGUCUAACCUUACUUACGUGAACAUUAAACAAAAUCUAUAAAAUAUAAAAUAAAUACAAAUAGUUAAUAAAGAUGAAGAUAUAACGAUAUAAUAGCAACUUUUUUUGUCUAAUUUAAAGAUAUCAAAUAUUUGUAAAAUAUAUUUCAUCUUUGCUUGAAAAUAAAUAUCUCAAUUUUAAUUUCAUUUUUGAAAAGUGUUAACUCUUUACAGACGUAAACUAUCUAUUAUUUCAAAAAUUUUGUUUAAAUAAAAAAAUUAUAUGAUUUAUUCGCUGUUCAUAAAUUAAAAAUAUUUUAUAAAUAAUUAUUUUUUAUAUUAUUAUAAUUAUUUUCUUCUAAAUUGAAAUAAUACGUCAAUAUGUAGUUCAAAAAUUUUACUCCAAUCUAACCUCUUUGAGAAAUUUAUUUAUUUUUAACAAUUUCAAGAUCUUCGUAAGAUCUUUAUAUUAUCUCGAAAUUUAAUAAAAAAUUUAAAAAUUAUAUCAUUAACAAGUUUUUGUAAAAAAGUAUGGAGAAUAUAAAUUUGUUCUACAUCACAAAGAGUUGACACAUAUAUUUUACAUAAACGAUGCAUCAUAGACAUUAUCACAUCCAAUUGUUUCUAUUUGAUUAUUCGAAUACUCUCACAACGUCUGGUUCGACUAGACGUAUAUGCUGUGUAGACUAUACGUGAAUUGUAAUCACCGAUCAGGUGUAAAACGUUAUAUUAAAAAGUAGUGAAUUUCAAACGUUUACCGAUAACGUUCGUCCAUUGUUAAAAAGCAACCACGCUUUAUCUAUACGAUACCUAGCACAGUCUGAUUCUCGGGUAACAAAUAUCUGAAAAAUUAAAAUAUUACAUCGUUAAAAUUUGUGAUUAAAAUAAAAAUGAUUUACUUCGAAAACAGGUUACAUAUAAUGUGAUAGUGAUAAAUUAUGUUAAGGAAAAAAAAACACUAAAAUACAUUAUAGUUUCUAAUUUUUUAUUAAAUUUUUUAUUAUUUUUUAAUAUAUCACUAUACAGAAUUAAUUUUCAUAUAUUUUAAUUAUUAUUAUUAUUAUUUUAGUUAUUAAAAUUAUUUUUUAUAAUAUUAUUUUUCCUUUUAUAAUUAUUUUUUAAUAAUAUUAUAAAUAAGAUUAUAAUAUAUAAUAAUAUUGAUAGUACAAUUAUUUAAUAUUUUUAUAGAUUCUUUUCAAUUUUUUUAUAAAUAUAUUAUGUUUAGAUUACAUUUUUACACGAUAUUUAUAUUAUUAUUUUUAAUAAAAUUAUACAUUUAAUAAAAAAUUAUUUUUAUUCUUUUUUUUUUAAUGAUUUUAUUAUAUAGAAAUAUUAAUUUGUUAAAUGAUAAUUAUCUCUAUAAUUGUGAGAAUUAACAAUGUGGUAAAUAAUUGGUUAAAUAUUAAGUAUUUAAAAAAUUGAUCAUAAAUAAUUGUUAGAAAAUAAUCUAUGUGCAAAUACACAUAUAUGUACCAUAUAGUUUAUAGUUAUUGUUGUUGAAUGAGAUGAAAUGGUACGUAUGUAUGUAUAAUUAUACGUGUAUAUAUAUAUAUAUACACACAUAUGUAUAAAAAAGUAAAAUCUUAAAAUAUCUUUAAUUGCGAGAAUUUGAAAAAAUAUGUUAAAUGAUUCAAAAUAUUUACAAAAUAAUUAAAUACAAUCUUUUUUCAAAAUCUUCAAAUUGAAUUUAUUAAUCAUUUUAAAAAUAAUUUCGUUUUUGAUUUCGUAAAUUAUUCAUUAGAAAUAUUAGAAAAUUAAUUUUUUAUAAAAUAAAAUAAUAUAUAGAAAAAAAUAAAAUUAUAAUUUUGUUUUUUGAUAAAAAUUUAUAAAUAUUAUAUUUAUCUUCUUUGAUAUGUAAAUUUACUUAAAAAAAUUUUAAGAUAAAAUAAUGUCCUAAAGAAUAACAAUAUUUUUAAAUUGAUUAAUAAAAUUUAGAUCUUAAAAAAAUUUUUAUGAUUAUAUUCGUAUUUAAAAAAUAUAUAGAAAUCAUAUUUUGGACAUUUUUCAAAUUCUCGUUAAUCAUGGAAAUUAUUCUAACGUUUACGAUGAACCUUCCUGUACAAUUGUAUGUUAUAUUUUAUACAUCGCAUCCGAGUUGUAACCACAGCCAUAGGUAACAGCUCGGGCCUUGUUAAUAGAGUAAAUAAAUAAAUGAAUAUUCACAAAGA